AUGCCCUUGUAGGGGCCACUUUUGAAAGCUCUAGUGGAUCUCAUAGGGGCAGGUUCCUAGAGGAAAACGUUCAAGGGCCCUAAGGUUGCUCUUCUGGAAUUCAUGAGAACCGUGAACUAGGAUGACGACCUCUGUUAGACACCUUUUUUUCUUCAAAUUUUCAUAUUGAUUUUCCCGUUUUUUUGAGGAGCUGGUUGUAAAUUGAAUAACGAUAAACUUUUAAUUUUUUUGAAAAAAAGGUUUUUUUAUUGCAAAGAAAUGAUUCACUGUAUAGAAAAAAAUGAACUUUUGAUUUUUUUUAAAAAGGUUUUUUUGGCACCCCCUUUCCUCAUUUUUUUGUCAAGUCCCCUCACUUUUUUUUCUAGGUCCCACCAAGACUAUCCCAUGUAUGCCGGUGUUCUUCCAAAAAAAAAGGUUGAAAUUAUCCAACUGACCGCACUGGACUAUCACAAAUCACAUUUUUCGUGAAACGACCUCGAAAAAAAACGGGAAAAAAACGGUAGUCUCGCUCCAUUGAACGGGCAGACGGGUGAAUCAGAGACCGAGAGAGACCAAAAUUGCAUCAAAGACUGGGAAAAUAGAGAACUACAGAAAAUAAUCCGCGAGCCAAGUGACGUUGCUCUUAUCGGGGACAAACGAACGGGAAAGUACUGUGGUGGUCGAGAUCUUUGGUUUCGGGGAAAGCGAUUGCGAAACUUCGGCUGUAUAAAAGAAGGUGAAGGUCUGCAGAAUUCACCGACAUCAAACUAGAACUAAUCUAUUUAUUUAUUGUUGCCUAUUUAUUUUUUUCUAUAUCAUCAUUUUUGGAAGGGAUAUUUAGCGCAUGAGUCACUCGGAUCAACUCGAUUCGGACAUUUAAAAGGACUUGUCAUCAUUCCGUUUUUCUGUGGUCUCUUUUUUCAAUUGUGAGUUUUUUGCCGCUUUUUUUAAAAUCUUUUUUUGGACAUUGCAUCAUUCCUGAGCGCCCUUGUAUGGAUUUAAAAUCAGAAAACUAUUUUUUUUUUCUCUUCAAAAAUCUAUUUGCAUCAUUUUUCCUCACGCUAUUUGCGUUUGGCAUCAAGAAAAAUACUGGGAAAACUUUUUAGUGGCCACUUUAGAGGUUUGACCUUUUAGUGGCCACUUAAGUGGUUAUAAUGAUUUGACCUUCUUAGAAGUCUAAUUGUACUACUAGACCACUAAAAACUACUACAGCGACCGACGCAAAAUAGUAGCUCCUACAAAGGUGGAUUUAGUGGCCACUUUAGUUUCCUCUCCAAGUACUUCUUGAGGGACCUCUUAAGUGCCCACAAGAGUUUUUUUCAUAUCAUGGUUUUCUUCUUAAAAAUUGAUAGUUCGUUGAAAAAAAUUAUUUUUUUGCCAAUUUCUCAAAGUCCGCAAUUUUAAAAACUUUUAAAAAGUUUUUUUUUGAAUCACUUUGAUUUUUUAUUAUCAUCAUACAGUUUUACCACGCUAGAUGAUUCAAUUUUCGUUUUUGAGCUUAAACUUUUCUGAAACCUUUUUUGCAGUCAAAUAAAAAAAGCAUAUAAAAACCCAGAUCAUUUUCAAUUAAUAAAAUGUUCAGAAAAACACUCAACCUGAGAAUGUCGUCUUGCGGAUGGCCAGUGAUCCCAACAACCAGCACGGCCUCGACGUCUUCUGGCCCCAGUUCAACGACAAACUCGACGUCAAGCAGUACAUCUUCAGGCGGCUCUCAGAUGACGUCAUCUUCGACGUCUUCCACUCAAACGAUUGA